CUUACCUAUUUUCAAGUUUGUAGUUGUGAAUGUGGUAGAAUUCAGCUGGUUGACUUUUUUAAGGAUUUGGAAAAGAAAUGAGCUGAAAGAAUCAGCCGGUUUGUGGGAGCUGAAAUGAAAUGAGACUUAUACUUCUCUUUGACUUCCAUCUUCUUGGUUUUAACUUGAUAUUCUUUCUAUUUUUUCCAUUAAUUUAGACGACUUAGUAGAAACUUACUUCCAAAAAAAAGUAGAAACUUACCUAUUUUCAGGCAUGUAGUUAUGAAGGUGGUUGGCUGUUUUAAGGAUCUGGGAGCUUUUUUAUUGGUUGCACUGGUUCAUGGGCUUUGUUGAUUGGGCUCGUGAUUGGUUCACUAAUGUGUCGAUAGGUUUGAUGAACCUUUCCUAUUUCUGUGUCUGAACAAGUCGCUGGUUGUAGUUUGAUUUCUCUUCAUCUGAAUUUAUAUCUUGUUUCUUCGGAAGUAUGGUUAAAUUGGUGAUGCUACUUUAGGAAAUGAGUUUCGGGAGUUGACAUGUAGAUAUGAGAUGCUAGUCUAGCAUUGUUUCUGUUAUGCGAUUCAUGUUUGAUGAGGGCAAUAUCUAGGUGCAUAAGCUAGUAUGUAGAAUGAGUUGAGAAAGAAAUCGUCUUUUGUGAGAUCAAAUUCAUUGAUAUGCAGAGCUUAGCUCCACAAAUAGGAAAAUUGGAAAAGAAUCAAAGAGUAAAUGCAUCCGACAUAUCAUAUUCUGUAACUCUGUAUCCGAGUUACGAAUUCCCUUUAGUAAGAGAAUUAUAGUUGUGGAUUCCUGUUGCACAUUGUCCAUGGUGAAGUUGGCGGAGAAAACGAGUAAAUUAGUGGUAACAUGGUUUCUGCUAGGAGGUCUGAAGUAUGAUUUUGGAGCCACAACCAAUGUCCUCUCAUAUUAUUAGUUAAGUUUUUAUGCCCCAUCCAGAGCCCAUGGUUGCCCAUCAUAUGCGCACUCAUCUAGCUAUAUGGCUAAUUGAUUCAAAGUUUCGUCCCCCAUUAGUUUCUAAUGUAAUGUUAGCUUGUUGGUUUUACGCCUGUGUGUGCUGCAAACUGUUUCUUACCUGCCAAUGGAUUACAAUAGUCAUCAGUUUGACAAAUCACCAACUAGAAUCACCACUUCCCUCCUUCCUACGUACCCAAACUCUUUCUUUGGGCAGUUCUUUUGUUUUUUGACUUCUAUGGUCUUUCUGGAUGUUUGAACUUUGUAGGAUGAUGAUUGUAAAAAAAUUUCUGGUUAGGGGAUUUGCAAACAUUGCUUCGCAGGCAUUUUUUGGUUUGCCCUGCAUUGAAAGAAGAUCUGUUUUCUCUUUAGCCAAUGAACAUUGAUGUUAGCUCUUCUUAUGCAUAAACUUACAAGAUUGUGGAGUUGUGGUCAAGGCGGGUCUUUUAUUUUUUGAGUUCUAUGGUCUUUCUGGAUGUUUGAACUUUGUAGGAUGAUGAUUGUAAAAUUUUGUCUGGUUAGGGGAUUUGCAAACAUUACUUUGCAUGCAUUUUUUUUGGUUUGCCCUGCAUUGAAAGAAGAUAUGUCUUCUCUUUAGCCAAUGAGCGUUGAUGUUAGCUCUUCUUAUGCAUAAACUUACAAGAUUGUGGAGUUUUGGUAAAGGAAGGUAAAUCCAUACUGUUAUCAUUAUUAGACUAUCACCUUCUAUUCAAACUAUUGAUGCUAUUAUGGACUUCAUGGGCGAAUUUCUAUGAUUGCCCUGUUUUUGCCUUGUACAUGCGCAUGCCCGCAUGUGGCAAUUCUGCAGUAGGAUUUAAGAGUUUAUUGUAGUACCAUAUUAUGAUUUUAUCAUACUUGUUUUAACCAUGUGGAAUUAUCUGUACGAAGUAGGACAUGCUACCGUCGUUACCAUUAAGUUCCUCUUAAGGUGCACUCUAUGUUUAUGCUAAUUUAUCUGUUUGUUUCUUUGUUAGAUACGCUUUGAUCGUUUCAAUGACUUGUAACUCUGAUGGAGAUAUCUCUGUUGAAGGCGCUUCUCAAUAAUAUCUCCUCCUUUUCUCAUCUAUCAUCCUUUGAGAAUGUGAUAUCCGGUCUAGCCCAAAAGUAUUUUCAGAAGACAAGAGAUAUUGAAGCUUCUAAAGCAAAUACUUGAUUCCGCUGUUGAUUGUGAAAUAGCUUCCAAUGAGAUGCUCAAUAAAGCUUUUGCAGAGCUGGGUCAAUCUAUCAAUGAAAUCGGGGAGCUCUUCGUAAACUGGCAGCCAUUAUCAAGCAAAGUCUUUUUGGUUCUUCAAACUGAACCAUUGUUGUCAAAGAUCCGAAGUUUGGGCCUGGAUAUUUUUAGUUCUUGAACUCUGCCAAUGAACAUCUUCUUGAAGAAUUGAGUUUGUCGUAUAUUGAGUACUGUACAUAGAAAUUUAAGCAAAUGGGACUAGAACAAGCAUCAUCUACUCUUAAGGAGUGCUUGAAGGAUCAAGAGGAAGGUGCUGUUACAACUGACUCUGAAAUCUUGGUCAAAAUUGCUGAGAGUCUCAGCUUGAGAACCAAUCAAGAGAUUCUUUUAGAAGCUGUGGCACUUGAAAAGUUGAAAGAGAUUGCUGACCAAGCAGAAAAAGAUCCAGUUAUUGUGGCAUCGGGGCAGAACUAUGAACGGACGUUUAUAAAGAACUGGAUCGAACUUGGACUCACGAUGUGCCCCAAGACACGACAUACUCUGGCUCACACUGAUCUCAUACCUAACUACACUAUGAAGGCCUUGAUUGCAAAUUUGUGUGAAUUGAACAAUGUUAAGCUGUUAGUGCCUGUUAAGUUUGUGCAGCCCUCACCGGCAGAACCACCUCGUUCUGUGAGCUCGUCUGGACCAAUUUUGGUGCCGUCCAGUGGAUUUCUUAGAGAUGGAAGUUCUCCUUUACAUUCACGUUCUACUUCCGAGAGUUCUUUAUCAGGCAUAGUUGCAAAUGGCCAAGGUAUAGAUAUUGCUCGUAUAUCAUUGACGGGUUUUGAAGAAAGUUCUGCUCACUCUGAGGAAAGGCUUAUUGAUUCUAUUGCAUCACCAUCAAGAAUGGAGGAAGUUUCUGAAUCUGUUGUUGCAGCUAAUGAGUUCCCCCUUUCUAAGAGGAGCCAUGGUAGAAGUGCAUCUGCUGCAAAUGCUUCUUUUCCUAGAAGAUCAUAUGGAGACGAUGCUAGUGAGUCUUUGGAUGUACCCAAUCAUCUUAUUACUUUAUACAAUAGUGACACAUCUGGGGAAGUAAAAGUUGAGAUGCCAAAGGCAGUUUCUUCUACUGCUACAUCAAACAGCUCUCUUCACAGAGAAUCCCAAUUCUCACCUCGUUUUGUUGAGACCCGGUCUCGAAGUCAGCUACUUUUGUAA